AUGACUGGAUUGAGGGUUUUGACAAGGGACAUAUGUCGCGCUCAAGAUUGGGGUUGCAAAUUCGCGGUUGCACGAGACCAUCGUGUUGAAAAAGCUUUCUGCAUACAAUUGUUGCGAUGCAUGCUUUCGUACGAUCCGCUACAACGUCCUACCGCCGACGAGGUGUUUGGGUCUGAUUGGGUAGUGAAAUGGGCAAUGAAUGACUUUGAGCGGAGCUGCAGCCGAGAGGAGAAAUAA